AAUCAAAUUGAAAUUAAAGAAAAUGGUGAAUUAUUAGAUGAAAAUGGUAUAUUAAAAAUAAAAGGAUGGUCAAGACAACCCUAUUUAAAGUAUAACCCAGAACAAUUAUCAAAAUUUAGAAAAUCAUUUAGAUUAAAAGAAUGGAAUUAUUACUCAAUUGGAUCCAAUAGUUUUUAUUUUGCAGUUGUCGCUAUUGAUCUAGGUUAUGCAUGUAUUUAUCAAUGUUUUUUCAUUGAUUUUGAAAAGGAUUAUAAAAAUUUAAAUGAAAAUCAACCACAACAACCAUCAGAACCAUCAGAUUAUAUUAUGGAUGAAAUUAGAUUUGCAACACCAUUCUCAAAAGGAUUAUGUUUACCAUCAGAUAGCUGUGAACAUGGUUGUCAUACAAAAUAUGAUUCAAAUAACUUUUCAAUUGAAUUUAAUUCAAUUUGUAGUGAACAUCUUAAUAAAGAUGAUGAAAGUAGUGAUAGUAAUAAUAAUAAUUCAAAAAUUAAACAUCAUAUUAAAUUUUAUAGUAAAAAGGGUCAACUUGAAGGUGAUAUAGUAUUUGAUUUAUCACCAACUAGAGAAUCAAUUGUAUUGAUGACACCAAUUGGUAAAGAGAAUUUCUACUAUAAUAGAAAAACAAAUUUGAUACCAGUUGGUGGUAGUUUAAAAGUUAAAGGUGUAGAACAAUUAAAUGGUGACAUCAAUUCAAUUGCAAAUGAUUGUUUUGGUAUUAUGGAUUGGGGUAGAGGUAUUUGGGAAUAUAAUAGCUUUUGGUUAUGGUCAUCUGCUUGGGGUAAAGUCGAUGGAAUUCCAGUUGGUUUAAAUUUUGGAUCUGGUUUUGGUGAUCUUUCAACUCAUACUGAAAAUGGAGUAAAUGUGAAUGGAAUCGUCCAUAAAUUAGGUCAUGUAGAUAUAGAAUACAAUGAAUCAAACCUAAUGGAACCUUGGAAAUUCAUUUGUAAGCAUGGUAGAUUUGGUGAACAACCUCUCAUCUUUACUCCAUUCAAAAAGAAGUAUGAUAAUAAUGAUUUCACCGUUUUCAUUUCAAGUUUUCAUCAAAUUCUUGGUACUUUUACUGGUGAAAUCAUUUUAGAUGAUGGUAGUAGAUUAAAAAUAAAUUUAAUUGGCUUCUCUGAAGUUCAUAAAGCAAGAUGGUAA